AUGUUUCCUAACCAAGCUUCUUAUUUAAACUUUCAUAUCAUUCAUGCAUACGUAAAAGAAAUCGUUGCUCGAAAAACUAUACGAGGAGGCGGAAGAGAAAUGGGUAUUACGAUUGAUGAAAUUUAUAAUGAGCUUUCUUUCAUAUUAAGUGCUCAAUUUGGCUUUUGCCCCAUUAAUAAGUUUGAUAUACAAAAUGCUUUAGUCAUGCUUGAAAACAACCAACCAGUUUUCCUUAACUUUGUUUCACCAGAUCACAACGUAUAUUGGAGAUUAACUGCACCAGUUCAACGCCAACCGAUGUUCUUCGAACCAGUCAAGCAAAUUACUCCCGAGUCGAAGAUGGAAAUGAAGAAAACUCCGUCGGCAAUCAUUGAUUACUCUAUUAUGCUCAAAUCAGAAGAGGAAUUAAUGAUGGAGAUGGAAGUACUAAGGAAGAAAAAGGCAAAUCUCGAAAAAGAAAACAACAGAUUACGUGCCAGCGCUCGUUUGCUACAAGAUCCUAUUUUAUUAACAGAAACCAUCAGAAAAAUGGACGUAGAAAGAUACAAUGCUAGUCUUGCUACUUCUUACGUCGAUAGCAAAGUUGACAGAUUACUUGAUAAUAUCGAUUCGACUUUAUCAUGUUAG